AAGUCAAAUACAGUGCUGACUGGCUACAGUUCAAAGAAAACUGCGAUUUUGACUCGCAACACAUCCGCGAAUCCCGACGCAGUGAAGACGCGUGGUUGGCGGAUACGUUUUAUUUUCUACUUUUCACAGAUCGAGAUUGCUUCUAAAUUUUUUUUCUUCAGUCCGACUGCUGUUUUUGUUAAAGUCUGAAAGUUACACAAAAUGUCCAGCGACCUCAGGCCAAGACUGUGUGUUUUGGAAAAGGGUGACAACGGUUACGGGUUUCAUCUCCACGGCGAUAAAGGCAAACCUGGUCAGUUCGUUCGACAUGUGGAGCCCGACUCCCCGGCGACCGCUGCGGGUCUGCUGGCAGGGGACAAACUGGCGUUCGUGAACGGGGAGAGUGUGGAGGAAGAGAAGCAUCAACAGGUGGUGUCCCGCAUACGAGCAGUCACGGGCAAACUGGAACUGAUUGUGCUGAAUCCAGAGACCGCAGAACUACUUCAAAAACACAACUUGAAGUGCCAAAAAGAGUAUGUGACUGAUGGGAUACCGAUACCGAGCCCUGGGUUGGACAGCGAAGAUGAGGUGAAGAACGGGACAUCACGAGAAUCGAGUCCCGUCCCGGAGACAAACGGGGACAUACACAUAGACAGACUUAGCGUAAGCUCCAAGGAAUCAAAGAACGAACUGCGUCCUCGUCUGUGUCACAUGAAUAAGGGUGCCACUGGUUACGGAUUUAAUCUUCACACGGAGAAAUCCAAACCUGGGCAGUACAUCAGGGCGGUGGAUGAAGACUCUCCAGCUGACAAAUCUGGACUUCGGCCCCAAGACAAAAUAGUGCAGGUGAACGGUGUUUCUGUGGAUGGACUGCAGCAUUCAGAAGUAGUGGCAGCCAUCAAGGCAGGCGGAGAUGAGACCACACUUCUGGUGGUGGAUCCUGAGACGGACGCCUUCUUCACAAGCUGUCAGGUCUUACCAACUGAAAAACACCUCACAGGUCCACUGCCAGAACCUGUAGUGAGUCAGGAUGCAGACACUCAGGUGAAUGGAAAGGCAGCCUAUGAGGAAAAACCAAGUCUAUCCGUUAGUCUUUCUAACUCCAGCAAUGUAUCCAACACAAUCACUUCUGCAGCUCCAGCCAGCGUUCCUGCACCAGAGGAGAGACCCAAAGAGACGGUUUCAGGUGAAGAUAAAGGAAUAUCCCUAAAUCUGUCAUUACAGCAGGCUAAGGAGCGCGCUCAUCAGAAACGCUCCAACAAAAAAGCUCCACCGAUGGACUGGAGCAAACGAAACGAGCUCUUCGGCAACCUCUGAGAUUUCUUUGUGCCUUUCCUCAAUGUUUCUUUUACCUGUUUUUAUUUUUCCUCCUCAUGGACCGUUAGAUCCCCUUUCACAUGUAUUUGUUUAAACCAGUGUUAUUUUACCUGUGAUUUCUGAAUAUGUUAUGAUAUAAUGUGGAUUUUUUUUUAUAUUCAAUCACCUGUACUUCAUUUACCUCUGUGUCACUAAUGUUAAAUCUUAUAUUUUGUCUUAUAUAUAUAUAUCACUGUAUGAUGUACAGUCUAAAUUUUUAAAAAAUCUCUUGUUUAUAUAUUUUUCUUGCUUUCUUUACAGUAAUAUUCAUGCAGUAUUGAUUGCCUUGCAGUAGUAAGAGUUGUGUAUUCAGUGAAAGCUGAUGUUAUAUUUCUUUCAGAGCUUGUCUUAAGUAAAUGAAGGCACCAGAUAUAGCUUUUUUUUUUUUUUUUUGUAAAUGUGAACGUUUAUAAAUCAUGAUCUAGGACCAAUCAACCACUGAAACAGGUUACCAUUUCUGACUGAAUUAGGUAAUGAUGCUGAAGAAUCUCUUAUUAAAGAUUUCAUUUAAAA